CACAGCGCCAUCUAGGAUCUCACACAAAUUUAUACUUUUCGAACAAAUUGUCUGAUGCAAUCCUGAAAAUUGUAAAAACCCCUCACAAAAACAAAUUCAAGAGAAACACUCAACAACAAAAGUUUUUCAAGUCAAGAAGUCUUCAUAUUGUUAAAAUAAUCGCCAAUCGUCAAUCGUUCAAAAUACAAGUUUAAUUAAUUUACGUAAAUUAUCAUAAUUUCCGUGUAAUUCAAUUUAAAGUGGAAAAUUACCCUAAAUUCAUUUCGAUAAUGAGUGUUAAAUAUUUAAAAACAUUUGAUUUCAAUCACUAAAAAGUGAAUUUAAUACGAAAAGAAAACAAAAAGAAAAACAGGUUUUCAUUUUUGGUGUAAAGUGAAUCAAAGAAAAAAAAAAUAAAAUCUUGCCACGAACAAGUAAAAGUGGAAUUCAAAUUCCCUCAGAAAACAAAGGAGACCUUUAAAAGAUUUUUCAAAUUGAAAUCAUUUUUGUGUGUGAUUGAAUUCGCAAAUCAUAUCGAAAAUUGUUUUCAUAACAUUUUUGGAAAUUUCCAAAAUCUCAAUCGUAACAAAAUUAUUGCUGAAUUAUUUUUUUCUUUUAUCUCUUGUAUAUCCGCAAAAAAGUAUACAAAGAAUAAAAUUGGAUAAAGAGGAGAAGGAGAAACGUCAAACCAGAGGAGAACAAAAAAAACUCAUUUUCGAACAUCGACUUCGACCUACGCGCGCGCUUGAAUAAUUUUUCGAAAUCACCUGGAAGGGGCAGCCAUUUAUCAGCUAUCAGCUUUUUUUCGUCUCCCUUUUCAUUCUCAUUCUUAUUUUAAUUUAAUUUUAAUUCAUUAUUCUUAUAAAUUUUCGAAGCUGAUUCAUUAAUUCAUUUCUAUUCGAACAUUUGAACAUGCUGGACUGUAUUUUAUUACAAAAGAAUUUUGUUAAUAAUAUAAAUUGUGUGUCAACGAUACGAACGAAUUAAAAAGCAAAAAAUAUAUCAAGUGAAUCGAAGAAUUAAACUAUCAAAGAAGAAAGAAAGAAUUUUGAAUUUUGUUCAAAAAUAAAAGAAAAAUUCAUAUAAACUACUUCAACUGAACUGAAUUGAUUUGAAAACGUGUGCUAUUUUAUUCAAUGUUUAAAUGAUUUUUCAUUUGUUCACCUUGAACAAGUCUUGAAAAAAAAGAAUAAUUAACUAACCGCGAACAAACGAAUACCUAUAAAACAAAAAUACGUGGAAACUUUUACUCGUUUGUGACGUCAUGUCAUUGUGCAACAAAACAAUCUCUAAAAAAAGUAUUUCUGCUGCCGACCGAAUUGACGACAAAUUUUCAUUUAUUGUUAUUUCAUGCCGCGGAGCCAAAUCGAAGAAGAAUCCUUUGUUUGAAUUUAAAUUAGAUUCCCAAGCUGAUUCCACUAUCAGAGACAAUCAAAAGAAUAGAACUGUCUCAGUUAUCGCCGCCGCCACUACAAAGUGUCGUAAGAGAACACUUUUAAGAACAACUAAGAAGAACCUUUACCCUUACCUUAGCUUGUUGCCCUUACAAACCGAAAACGACUGUAUUGUUAAUUGGACACGUUGGCAUAGUUCUCGUGAACCAUAUUCUCAUUUGCAAGUGAUUCCCAGAAGUAAGUUCCCAAGUUUGUUAAUAUGAUUUCUGGUAAUUGCAACCGUAGUCCGCAAUAUAACGCGAUGGGACCACCAGGAGGCGGUACUCAGAGAUAUAACCCACAAGCCUUCAUGCAACACCAGCAGUCGCACCAACAACAUCCUCCUUUGUUGUUCAUGGCUGGAGGGAAUGUUAGGGCUUUUCCUCAGAUGUCUCGUGGUUUUUCAAUGAUGCCGAAUCGUGGGGGAAUGGGGGGAUCGCAUCCGACUGUCGUUCAGUGUAAUAUGCAACAGGGAUUUGCCAAUAGCUUUGGAUAUCAUGCUAAUCCGGCGCCCAUGUUUCAUCAGCCUCACCACAAUCUCUAUCAUCAGCAACCACAAGUCAUAAAUCAGCAGCGACAACCACAACAACACCACCAUCCACAAUACGCUCCACAGCAGUAUAUCGCUCCGCCGCCAGCUGCCAGCCACAAUGAACCAUCAUCAGGGUUCAUAAAUGGCAUUAAGAACAUGGUCAAGGGAAUUAUAAAUCCAUUAAACUGUGAUUUCUAUAGCGACCAUCACAAGUACUAUAAUCCCAAAUACAGGAACAACUAUUUGCUGGACAUUAAGUCCGAUAACAUGUCCUACAAGCCCCCGAUGACGACGACCACGGCGACAGCCCGACAACAACCAGAGUGUCAUGUGAAGACAGUGUUGGUGGGUUUGGAGAGGGGAAAACCAGCACCAGAUCAAACACUGGCGACGACUAAAGUCGAAGUGGAGAAGCCCACGCAGUUGCAAUCUCAAGAGUGUACUAAGAAUAUCCCCGAAGUGUUGGCGAUAUUCAGUUCUGAGGACUUCCCAGAGUUGCCGGCCCCACGACGAAGUCGCUCUAUGACUCCAGCCAAGACUGAACCAUCUCCUCCAAAGCCUUGCUCAGCUGAAGAAGAGCAAGAAACACCAUCUCGCAAGCAUCCUCCACCCAAGGGGACAUACUUUGAGAUUAUGUGCACGACCGAACCGAGUGGACGUAGGCCGACAUUUGGAGGUAGACUCAAAGUUGUGCCUCCGCCAUUCUCAUUGAAUACAUCUUGUCGUCGAAAUAAUCAAGAACCAACGACCUCUGCAACCGAUAACAACGACUGUGAUAUUGAAGGAGAUAGUUUUGUGAUCUUCUCAAAUAAUGAUAAACCUGGAAACUGUAUGUUUACAUCGUUCAACAACAGACCGCCGCCAAGGCAAAGACAAUUAUCUGAAUGUAGCGAUGAUAGUUUUGUUGUUGUCUUCACCGAAGAUGCUGAUUAUUUGGGUGGAAUGCAAUGUGUAGAGGAUGAUGAUACGAGCGACGAGGAUGAUGAUGAUUUUGAUGAGGAUGAGGAUGAUUCGGAGGAUGAAACUAGUUCAGAAGAAGAAGAGGAGGAGGAUAGUUCGGAGGAUGAAGAAUUUGAAGGUCACGAGGGAAGAGAUGUUGUUGAUUCUUGCUUUUUGGGACGACAAAAUAAUAAGACUGAUAGAAAUAAGUGCGACAGUGGUACGGGUAUUUCAUUGCUCUGUUCGCAGCCAAAAAUUCCAUGCAAUGGUGUUGUGCCGAGGGAACAUAAACAACUUGACUCUGGUUUUGAUGAGAAAAAGGUCACAUUCGAUCCACUGCCUGUGGUGCAUGUGAUGCACGCUUGGAAUUUUGCAUAUCGUGCUGCAAGAAAGGGCCAUUGGGAAGAUGUUGCUCGGGAUAGAACGCGUUUCCAGAAGCGCAUCGAAAGAACAUCUGUCUAUUUAAAUCCUGUCCUAACACCUGAACAUCGUGAGAAAAUCUAUCGUAGUCGGUUUUGUGAUGAUGCUGUAACAACAAAUGAAUCACAACAACAACAACAACAACAGCAAUGCCCCAGUUCAAAAUUAGAUAUAGGAUCUCUAUGCCGUUCUUCGACCAGUCGCAACGAUGACAACAAUCAAAAAUUACCGAAGUUGACGAAACUACCAGAUUGUGCUAGUUUCUAAAACAACAAGAACGAUUCAAAACUCUCGUCUCUUAAGGAGACAAAAGCUACAGCAUAUUGUUGAAAGCUACAAAUCUGUGUUCAAAAAUUAUUUAAAAAACAAAAUAAAAAAAACAAAGAAAACUUAAUCCACAAAUGAAAUCCGUGAGACACAAAAAAUAUACAAAUAAAAAUCCGAAACAACAACAACAACAAAAUAAGGAAUAUUACUUCUUGAAAAUCUUUUUUGUUUUUUCUUUUGUUGUUACGAAAUUUUUUCUCCUUUCUAUCUUUUGACUAAAACAAAUUGUGAUUCUUUUCUUUAGUAAACAACUAGUUGAAUAAAAAAUAAAACAAAAAAGGUCUUCCUUUUCUUUGUGAAAGCCUUUGUUUUAAGCUUUUGUGGAAAAAUUUAUAUUUAGUAGCAUUUUUCUCUUCUCUUAUUAAUCUUAAUUUAAUUUCUGUUUUAAUCGUGAAUUAUUUUAUGUUUAAUCAUUUUAUUGCUAUAUUUCCGUUUUUUUUUCUGCUGGUGGAUUAUGCGUUUAUUUGAAUUAUUAAAAAAGAAACAAAA